GUAAUGCCACGCAUAGUGAGUUCUUUUUUGUGGGUUGUGGAUAUUUAUUUUUGUUUGUGGGCAGUAAAAUAUAAAAAAUAUGGCUGCCGAAGGGGUCGACGGUGGCAAGGAUGAUGCUAACAUCCUGCCUAUGCCUCAAAGGCUCACCAGCGGAAGACGAGUUCAUUGGAAGGGGAAAGGGGCGUCUUCUGCAUCCGCUAAGGAAGGUCCAUGGUUCAAGGUUCUAGAGGCCAUGGCAGCUCCUGUGCAGCAAUUAACUGCAACUUAUCAUGGUGGCUUAGGGGUUGUGGUCAGAAAUGCGACACAGGAUCAACUAGAUCUGUUGAACCGCGGGUGCUUUGGUCGGCAGGUGUUCCUUUUGCCUCCCCAGCCCCAGGUGCAGCACAGCGUGCUGCUGUCUGCACCACCACACGGUGACACGUCUACCCCGACGCAGCGCAACGUGCUGCUGCGUGCAGCGCACAGCGACACGUGUCCUCCCGAGCUGCAGCACAGUGUGCUGCUGCAGUCUGCACCGCACGGCGACACGUGUCCUCCCCAGCUGCAGCACAGCGUGCUGCUGUCUGCACCACCACACGGUGACACGUCUCCCCCGACGCAGCGCAACGUGCUGCUGCCUGCACCGCACGGCGGCGCGUGUCCCUGUGUUGCCAAGAAGAACGGAACUUUAGAUGAAGACGAUCACCAGGAAGAGGAGGAAGAGCCACGUGGAAUCAGUUUGUAUCUGAGUGCAGAAGAGGCAUUCUUCCUCAGCUAUGCUGUUGGGUGGUUGAAGGUGCUGCAGCUGUCAGAGAACGGUAUUGCAGCAGAGAUGGGAGAAACUCACCUCUGGAAAGCCUUCCGUGCCUCCAACAACACGUUCCCGCAGAUGUAUGCUGCGUAUCAUCAUCUGCGGUGCAAAGGCUGGAUCGUCCGAGCAGGGAUUCAAUACGGCAGCGACUUCGUCAUUUACCAGGGCCACCCGUCGCGGGUGCACUCAGACUUCCUCGUGACAGUGGUUGACCUGACGUCUGACACGCCAGGCAAUCUGACAACCUGGUCAGGCAUUCAGACUCUGACCAGGCUCUGCUCUAGUGUUAUGAAGGGUCUUCUCGUGAUUCUUGUGUCGUGCAAGGGUUCUGAUGUCAAGGAGGCAGAAGUAGAGGCCUUGCUUGAUCCGACAAGUUUUUACGUUGAAGAGGUGGAAGUGUGUCGAUGGAGGGCAGAAAGAAACAGAGAAUGAUUAGUAGUAGUAAUGAGGGUACCGUCUUCACCCGAAUAGAACGCUUGGUCAUUAUCGCUGUAUUUGGUGCAACUUUCAGUCUACAUACAGCGAUAAUAACCGGGGCGUGGCAUUCUAUUGAAGAGGUGGAAGUGUGUCGAUGGAGGGCAGAAAGAAACAGAGAAUGAUUAGUAGUAGUAACGAGGGUACCGUCCUCACCCGAAUAGAACACCUGGUCAUUAUCGCCGUAUUUGGUGCAACUUUCAGUCUACAUGCAGCGAUAAUAACCGGGGCGUGGCAUUCUAUUCAUUUUUAUCAAAUGAAACUAAACUUGGGGGCAUCUGUUAGAAUUGGAACGUACAGAGAAAGAGAAGAUUAGCAUGGCCCCUGCGCAAGGAUGACACGCAUAUAGAUAGAUAAAUGGUGCAAAUUUUU